UAUAAAGCAAGCCAGCCGUGGAGUGGCCACUGGACAGGGGCAGUUCAAAGACAAGGAUGGAUAGAAUAGCAGAGUAGUAGAUCAGAGAAGCUUAUUAAGUCUUCUCUGUCCAUCACUGAUCCUCUGCACAUUUCACUUCACUUUUCAAACUUUUCCCUCCACCCAGUAAAAGAGUAGAAGAGAUGGGAACUCACUCAGUUUCCAUGCUUUUAACCAUCUACUUGAUGGUUUUGUUGAUGGGUUCUGAGCUGAUACAGGGCAGUGUGACCUACGAUAAGAAGGCCAUUAUCAUCAACGGUCAAAGGAGAAUCCUCAUCUCCGGCUCCAUUCACUAUCCCAGAAGCACCCCUGAAAUGUGGGAAGAUCUUAUACAAAAGGCAAAAGAUGGAGGGUUAGAUGCUAUCGAUACUUACGUUUUUUGGGAUGUUCAUGAGCCUUCUCCUGGCAAUUAUAAUUUUGAGGGAAGAUACGACCUGGUACGGUUUAUCAAGACGAUCCAGAAAGUGGGGCUAUAUGCUCAUCUCCGCAUUGGACCCUAUGUUUGUGCAGAAUGGAAUUUUGGGGGAUAUCCUGUAUGGUUGAAGUAUGUUCCUGGUAUCAGCUUCAGAACAGAUAAUGAGCCUUUCAAGGCGGCAAUGCAAGGUUUCACAGAAAAAAUUGUGCAGAUGAUGAAAAAUGAAAAGCUUUUUGCAUCACAAGGUGGCCCUAUCAUCCUCUCUCAAAUUGAAAAUGAGUAUGGUCCAGUGGGUAAGGCUCUUCGAGAAGCUGGUCAUUCAUAUAUAAAUUGGGCUGCAAAAAUGGCUGUUGGAUUGAAUACAGGAGUUCCAUGGGUGAUGUGCAAGGAGGAUGAUGCCCCAGACCCUGUGAUUAAUACAUGUAAUGGUUUUUACUGUGAUGCUUUCUCUCCCAACAAACCUUACAAACCUGCAAUGUGGACUGAGGCUUGGAGUGGAUGGUUUACAGAAUUUGGUGGUCCCAUUCAUCAGCGACCAGUUCAAGAUUUGGCAUUUGCAGUUGCUCGUUUCAUACAAAAUGGUGGCUCAUAUGUUAAUUAUUACAUGUACCAUGGAGGAACCAACUUUGGACGCUCUGCUGGAGGUCCAUUCAUUACAACCAGUUAUGACUAUGAUGCCCCAAUAGAUGAAUAUGGUUUGAUCAGGGAACCGAAGUAUAGUCAUCUAAAAGAGCUUCACAAAGCUAUUAAGUUGUGCGAACAUGCUUUAGUUUCUUCUGAUCCUAGAGUAACUUCUUUAGGAACCUAUGAACAGGCUCAUAUAUUUUCUUCAGGCAAGAGAAGCUGCUCAGCUUUUCUUUCCAAUUACAACCCAAAAUCUGCUGCUACGGUGAUGUUCAAUAACAUGCACUAUAAUUUGCCUCCUUGGUCCAUCAGCAUCCUUCCUGAUUGCAGGAACGUAGUGUUCAACACUGCAAGGGUUGGAGUUCAAACUUCACAUAUGCAGAUGUUGCCAACUGGUUCUCCACUGCGCUCUUGGAAGACUUAUGAUGAAGACAUUUCUUCCCUAGCGGAUGGUUCAAGGAUGACAGCUCUUGGACUUCUGGAGCAGAUAAACGUCACUAGAGAUACCAGUGACUAUCUAUGGUAUAUGACCAGUGUUGACAUUAGCCCAUCAGAAACAUCUCUCCGAAGUGGACAAAAGCCUAGUCUCACUGUGCAAUCAGCCGGUCAUGGUCUUCAUGUCUUCAUCAAUGGGCAAUUUUCAGGAUCAGCCUUUGGAACCAGAGAGAACAGGCAACUCACCUUUACAGGACCAAUCAACCUACGUGCUGGAACAAAUAGAAUUGCACUACUCAGCAUAGCUGUUGGAUUGCCGAAUGGUGGGUUGCAUUAUGAGACAUGGAAAACAGGCGUACUAGGUCCAGUUAUACUAAAUGGCCUUAAUGAGGGAAAGAAAGACUUGACAUGGCAGAAAUGGUCCUACCAGGUUGGUCUAAAAGGAGAGGCAAUGAAUCUGGUCUCUCCAAAUGGAGCUUCAUCUGGUGACUGGAUCCAAGGGUCUCUAGCUUCUAACCAAGGGCAGCCCUUGAAGUGGCAUAAGGCUUAUUUUGAUGCACCUGGAGGAAAUGAGCCAUUGGCUUUGGACUUGCGCAGCAUGGGAAAAGGUCAGGUGUGGAUCAAUGGGCAGAGCAUUGGAAGAUACUGGAUGACAUAUGCAAAGGGUGAUUGCAUCGGUUGUAGUUACUCUGGGACAUUCCGGCCUUCAAAGUGCCAACUUGGUUGCGGCCAACCAACACAGCAAUGGUACCAUGUUCCAAGGUCCUGGUUGAAGCCAACAAAAAAUCUGUUGGUAGUUUUUGAAGAGCUUGGUGGUGAUCCGUCAAAGAUAGCUCUUGUUAAGAGAUCAGUCACAAGGGUUUGUGCUGAUGCCUACGAGCACCACCCAGCCUUCGAGUAUUAUAGUAGGGAGGGCCAUAAUGAAUCAUCAAUGCUUCACCAGGCCAAGAUUCAUCUGCAAUGUUCACUCGGGCAGUCCAUAUCAUUUAUAAACUUUGCAAGUUUUGGUACACCUUCAGGAACUUGUGGAAGUUUUCAGAAGGGAACUUGCCAUGCAUCAGACACUCGUUCUGUUAUAGAAAAGAAGUGCAUUGGGCAGGAGAGCUGUAUGGUUACCAUUUCGAACAGUAACUUUGGUGCUGACCCAUGUCCAAAUGUGUUGAAGAAGCUAUCAAUUGAAGCUGUUUGUUCUACCAGUACAACCACUCAAGACAAGCAAAUAGAAUCCUAAGAGGGGUGAAAUAUUCUUUAAGUAAUUAUGAUUAUUAAUACGCUGCUUCAAAAGCAAGGAAUGAAGAAAAUAAGAUGCAAAAGGCAUAGUUGAAAUACAGAGCCUCAAAUGCUCUGUUCACGUAGUCCACAAUGUAUAGGUUUCAGAUUCUACUGAGUAUUUUGGUAAUUAUUGGGAUGGAUGAUGUGCUUUAGUAGAGUUACUGGUUCUGCCUAGAAAAUUGCCUCCAAGAAGUCCUACUCCCUGGCCUUUUAUCCAGAGAUAAGAGGAAGAAUUCUUGUGAGGUAGUAAUGUUUACUAAUUUAUUGGAUAAGGUCAGAUUUAUUUUUCGAUGAAGCAGAAUUGCUGAAGUACAAAAAGAAACACCAAGUUGAGCAUUAAUGGAAGCGUCUGUUUCUAAGGUUAGAGUAACAGUUGUGUCGAAAUAAGGAUCUGCAAUAAAUUGUGGUUAUGAUUUUCCUUACAAGUACUUUAUUGUCUGGAAAAAUUACGAUUUA